AUGGGGGUCGAAGCAGCAGGUAUGUACUGUGUACACUCAGAUGGCACCGUUGACAGCAAGGGCAACCCGGCCGAGAAGAAGAACACUGGCAACUGGCGUGCCUGCCACUACAUCCUCGGUACAGCGAACGAGUGCUGCGAACGGCUGGCGUACUACGGCGUGAGCACCAACUUGGUCAACUUCAUGGAGAACCGCAUGGGUAUGGCCAAGGUAGCCGCCGCCAAUAGCAUCACCACCUGGUCCGGCACCUGCUUCAUCACCUCCCUCCUCGGGGCCUUCCUCGCCCACGCCUACCUCGGCCGAUUCUGGACCAUCGCCUCCUUCUGGUCUGGUGCUGCUGACGAUAGCGACCUCGGCGAAGGGGCUGGUGCCAUUCUGUGCCAUCCGACGGCGGGAUCAAGCCGUGCGUGUCGUCGUUCGGCGCGGACCAGUUCGACGACAGCGACGCCGGGAAGCGGCGCCGCAAGAGCUCCUUCUUCAACUGGUUCUACUUCUCCAUCAACAUCGACGCCCUCGUGGCGUCGUCGGUGCUGGUAUACGUACAGACGCACGUGGGAUGGGGGAUGGGGCUUCGGCAUCCCCGCCAUCGUCAUCGUCGCCGUCGGGACAUUUUUCCUGGACGUGCCGCUCUACAGGCAACCGGCAUCGCGCAGGUGCUCAUCGCCGCGGCGCGCAAGUGGCGCGUCCCGACUCCCCGUCGUCUCGGGCGACGCCCUGUACAGCCCGCUGGACUCGACUGAAGGGAGCCGCAAGCUGGGGCACACCGAACAGUUCAGGUUCUUGGACAUCGGCCUCGUCAGGUUCUCUCAGGGAUAG